AUUAUCUAGAGGGAAAACUAGGUUAAAAAUCCUAAUCCUAAUCCUAAUCAUAAACCUAAAUUAAAAAAUCAUCAUAUAAAAUUUCAUAUUUAAACUUUAGAUUAGAAGAAUUCAACCCAUCAAUUUCAACUCGUAAAUUAUAAUUAUUUUUCUUUUUGUUCGUUCCUUACUUCAAAUUCACUUUUCAAAGAGAGAGACUCAAUCUCUAGCUCCAUAGAUUUUUUUUUUUUGAAGAUAAUUAAUAAUGGAAAAGAGCAAGAAAGAGGAUUCAACUGAACUAUUUCAGUAUAUUCCAAAGGAAAUUAUACCAAAUAUCAUGACCAAACUUCCACAUGACCUAAUUAUGAAGUUAAGGAACUCAUACAAAGAAUGGAAGCAAUUCACAUCUAAUGCAACAUUUAUUGCUGAUUCAUUCUUUCACACCAAACCCAAUUCAAUCUUGAUCCAAAUCCCAACAUUUAAACCAUCAACCCCAGCCCACAAAAGGAAAUACAAGUCAAAGUUGUUAGAAUUGGAUGAGAAUGGACUAGGGUUCAAGGUCAAAAACUUUGGUAUGGCAGGGAUGAGAAGGGUUAGUUCUUGCUGUAAUGGUUUACUCUUAGUAAAUGAUAUGAAUGUAAAGACCUUAGUUGUAAUGAACACUAUGACUAAGUGUUAUGCUACUCUUCCUACAUGCCCUUCUCAUUGCCCACAUAAAUCUUGUGGUAUGGCUCUAGUGUACAUCUCUAGUAAAAAACAGUACAAAGUCAUACACAUCUAUAAUCAUGGUUUUGGGUUUGAGUUAUUGACUUUAGGCACUACUCAAUGGAAGGUAAUUCCAUGGCCAUCUCUUGUUGAUUUGUAUUCUCCUUAUCAUUUUUUUUGGAGUGAUCCUUUGUGCACAAAUGAUCAAUUACUCCUCCAUUGGAAGCUUAAUACAUUUAAACAUUUCAUUGUAACAAUGGAUACACAUGAGGAAAGGUUAUGGAGGACUAUGUUGCCUUAUGAAAUAAUUGGUGAAAACUUCUCAAUAUUUGAGAUGAAGGGUUGUCUUUCUUUGAUGUCAAAUGUUUCCUCUACUAAAUUUGAUGUGUGGGUUUUGAAAGAUUUUGAUGAAAAACGAGUUUGGUGUAAAAGUUUUAGUGUUUGGGCAGAUUCAAUAACUUACUUGUCACCCAAGUUUCUUCCUAACAGUAGUACUAAAGCUUUGCCUGAUUUUAGUAAACUUGAGGCUGUGAUGACCUUGAGAAAUGGUGAAGUAAUAGUUUUGAAGAACAAUAAAUCUGGUUGUUGUUAUUUGUAUGAGACAAGGCUUGAGAGGUUGAAGAAAUGUAGUGAUGAUAUUUGUUGGGGUAAAAGUAACUUGUUACAUUAUAAGACCAGCUUUAUCUAUUGGGAGAAUUAUGAAGAAUUGCUCACCAGAGAAACUAUUUAAUAGAACUUGGAAUGUUUAGCAUUUUUUUUAGCUUUUAGUUAUUAUUAUUUUUCCCUUUACUUUUAAAUUUCAUUGUAAUUUGGAGAAUUUAUUUAAAUUCUCAUAAGUAGUAAUAUGUUGAUGAUAUUUUCUUUUCUUUUCAUAAACUUAAAAGUGUCAUGAAAUGGUUACAUUUGUAAUAUGAACUAAACUUAUGCUUUUAGGUUA